AUGGCUAUCGAGGAGGAGCAGCAAGCUGUUCCGAUAUUCCUGCCAGAGUAUAUCAGUGCCUCGAACUUGUCCAGGGCUUUGAAGCAGCACGUGGGCCCCUUCCUGCAAGACAUGGAAGAAAUGGGCUUCGAGAAUGUCACCAGCGACACCAUCUUCACCGGCGAGACUGCGGCUCUCAUUGCAAUGGAAUACGGUUUCGAACCGACCGUUGACACAGGCUCCCAGCGCGAUCUCCGGCCUCGCCCCCCGCCGGAAGAUCCCUCCGUCUUGCCUUCUCGCCCUCCGGUGGUCACAAUCAUGGGCCACGUCGACCACGGCAAGACCACCCUAUUAGAUUGGCUUCGAAAGUCGUCAGUCGCAGCACAAGAACAUGGUGGCAUCACACAGCACAUUGGUGCGUUUGUUGUCAAGAUGUCGUCGGGCAAGUCCAUCACGUUCCUCGACACUCCGGGCCACGCCGCCUUCUUGUCGAUGCGUCAGCGCGGAGCAAACGUGACGGACAUCGUGGUGCUUGUGGUUGCCGCCGAUGACAGCGUCAAGCCACAGACGCUGGAAGCACUGAAGCAUGCUACAAGCGCAAAGGUGCCCAUCAUUGUCGCCAUUACAAAGGUCGACAAGGAGGACGCUCGCAUUGAGCAAGUGAAGGCUGAUCUUUCCCGUCACGGGGUCGAAAUCGAGGACUACGGUGGUGAUGUGCAAGUUGUCUGCGUCAGCGGCAAAACAGGCCAGGGCAUGGAAGACUUGGAGGAGAACAUUGUCACGCUGUCCGAGAUCCUGGAUGUCCGGGCAGAGGACGACGGCAUGGCCGAAGGAUGGGUUCUCGAAUCCAGCAUCAAGCCUCAGGGCAAAGCUGCGACCAUUCUGGUCAAGCGGGGAACUCUUCGUCCGGGAGACUUGAUUGUUGCCGGCAAGACAUGGGCAAAGAUCCGUGUGUUGCGUAACGAAGCUGGGCUCGAGCUGGACUCUGCCCCCCCUGGAACACCGGUGGAGAUUCUCGGUUGGCGAGAGCUGCCAACCGCCGGAGAGCAGGUCAUCCAAUCGCCCGACGAAGCAAAAGCAAAGACGGCAGUUGAGUACCGCAUGGAAAUGGCCGAGCGCGAGCAAAGCUCGAUCCAGCUCGCAGAGCAGGAGCAGCGCCAACGAGAAAAGGCCGCGGCAGACGCUGCAGCAGAGGGCGAGAGCGGGCCAACCACCGCCGGCGAGUCGACGGAGCCCGGCGUCCUCACCCAAAACUUCAUCGUCAAGGCGGACGUUGUCGGAUCCGUGGAGGCAGUCUGUGGAACCAUCCUGGAGCUGGGCAGCCAUGAGGUUCGGCCCAAGAUCCUGCGAUCGUCGGCCGGCCAGAUCACCGAGUCCGACAUUGACCACGCGGCGACAUCCAACAGCAUCAUUGUCAACUUCAACUGCACCAUCCCACCGCACAUCAAGCAGCGUGCGGAGGAGGCCAAGGUCAAGAUCCUCGACCACAAGGUCAUCUACCACGUCGUCGACGACGUCAAGGCGGCGCUGUCCGACAUCCUGCCCAUGAAUGUCUCGUUCCGCGUCCACGGCGAGGCCGAGGUCCUGCAGGUGUUCCCAAUCAACCUGAAGAAGCGCGUGUUUAGGAACAUUGCCGGGUGCAGAGUGCGCAACGGCUCUAUCAAGAAGUCAUCUCGCGUCAAGGUUCUUCGCCGCGGCGAAGUCAUCUACGAUGGCAAGAUAGACACCCUCAAGCAUGUUAAAAAGGACGUUCAGGAGAUGGGCAAGGGCACAGAGUGCGGUAUCGGCUUGGAGGGCUUUGAAGAUUUCCAGCCGGAAGACCAGAUCCAGACGUAUGAGGAGAUUAAGGAGAGGCGGUACUUGUAA